UAACUCUCUUAUUAUUAGUAUAAGAAAAUAAGUGAAAACUUAAGUUCUCAUUCUCUAAACUCUUAUAAACUAUGUCACAUUUCGAUAUCUUCUUAUAUAGUGUCUAAUAACUCCUAAUCCUAUUAAUUAACAUAUCUAGAUAACUCCUAAACAUAUUAUAAAUCCUAAUUUCUAAUUUCAAAAGGAUUAGGUCUUUAACUUAUCUCUUAAGUUUCAUUUUCUUUUAUGCUUAAUCCAAGUCUUGGCAUUCUAUGAGUAGGUUCGACGUAGAUGAACUCUCUUCAGUUUUCAGCAGCUGUCACACACACACACACACAAAAUGUACUUAAAACUCAAAGGAUCAGGUCACAAAUACGUGCAAACCAUUUUGUCUGUCUCCAUCAAACAUCGUAAAGUUGAAAAAUCAAAUAUUUUCUUUUUCCUUAAAUCCUCAUUCUAUUACAAGAUCCUCGCAUCUAUACACACACAUGAAUCAUGAUAGUAACCACAUGUCAAAAUCAUCAGACAGAGACAGGACCUAUAAUGCAAGUCACUACUAUCACCACGCGGCCCUGGACGUGCUUCCCACUUUCUUUAAUUUUUUUUUAUUCUACUACUUAUAAUAUCUAUCCUCUGCAUAUAUUUUCACUUCAAAUUACAAAACCUAUCUCUCAAAAAAUCAAAAUUUAGGUAUGCCUCCUCCGGCAAUGCUUUCGUUUGAUGAUGGCUCAGAUAACGAGUGGAAGGGUUUCACAGUUUUCCCUGAAGAAAACCCUUGCCCUAACCCUAACUAUUAUCUUAACUUCUUGGUGAAGAAGGCAAUUCUAGAGGGUGAGAAAACAACGGGUCCUAUUUUCUCCCGUCCUUCGGAAAGAGAAGACAGCUUCAGAAUGGUAUUACCUCCAGCCAUGCCUCCGCCUAGAGACUCAGCCGUACCGCUUCCUAUGCUCCCUGAGCCGAUGAGGAUCCGGAAGAAACUUAGCCCCCAAGAAUCAUCCCAUUUUACGAGGAAGUCUCGUUACUCGGACAAAACCUUCUGCAAGGAAGAAGAUUUCAAAUGUAACGCCUUCUGUUUGUCUCUACCUGGCUUCGGGAAACAAAAGUCGAAAUGCCAAGAUUCGAUGGAGAAUAAGAUGAUCUGUACAUCUUCUUUCACUAACUCUACUGUUUCAACACGCUCCUCGGUCGAGAUAUUCGAAUGCGGUUCCUGGGCCUCGACGACAGCCCUGAUGCAAGAUAACGGAGGAAGAUAUGUGCAAGAACUGGUGACUUCACGGUCGUCAAUAAGAGAUUACCAGAGAUCGGCUGAGACUUCACCGCAACGCCGUGUGAGAUUUUCCACACCUUCUUCGGCUUCGGUUUCUUGCCCUACUUCGCCGCGGUCUUGUAUCACCCCACGAUUGCGUAAGGCUAGGGAUGACUUUAAUGCCUUCUUGUCCGCUCAAGACGCUUGAAUAUGGAAGAAAGAAAAAACAGACACCAAGACUUUUUUUUAAUGGAAGUAUGUUGUGUGUAUGAUUUGUGUAUUAAUCUGAGAUUAUCUUCAUGUUUGUUUCAUAUUCUGUUU